GACACUUCCUCUCCUGGUCAGUCCAUCACACUUUUCAUCCUUCUGAAGCUGUCAUCAUUUACCAGCAUCAACAUGAGAGCUAUUGUAUUGCUGUGUCUGCUGCAUGCAACCUUUGGUCAGAAUAAACCAUAUUCCUGGGACGGACCUGGCCAGGGAGAACCGGAUCCAGACCAAAGAGCAGGAAGUGUGUGUCACACGGACCAGGGUUCUUGUGGCUGCUGUCUGAUGCUGCGAGAGAUGAACAGGCUGAGGACGUACUUUAACACAACCCUGAACACGUUGGAGAAGGAAUACUUACAAACAAAGCAAAGUCUCAACAAUAUGGAAGCCAGCCGCAUAGCCUUCUCUGCUGCUCUAUACAGUGAUGAUCGUUUUAAGUGUUACGGCCCCUUCGAUGUCAACAGCCUCAUCGUCUACAAACAUGUCUUCCUCAACCUGGGUGGUGGCUACAAUGUGCAGACCGGUAUCUUCACCGUUCCCCGCUCUGGUGUCUACAGCCUCGCCCUAACCGUCUUCAGUGACGCUGGUUCUCCUGGUAACAGCCUGGCCGCCUGCGCCGGUCUGCAGGUUAACGGCCAGUUAGUGGCCGGGUCCAGAGACCAAAAUAAGAAUGACCAAGAGGACAGUGCCACUAUUGUUGUGGUCCUGCACCUGAAGGCUGGGAACCAAGUGGCUGUCAACCUGCCCAUUGGGUGUUUCCUCUGCGAUGACAACAGCCACUAUAACACUUUCAGUGCCUUUCUGCUUUAUGUUACAGAAUAAGUUAGGGAGGUGUAGCGUGCUGGUUUUUGUACCAACUUUUGCCCUACUAACAAGGUUAGAGUCUGCUAGAUGAAAACUUUUUGUGGUGCCUUAAUGCCCCUCUUCUCAAUCUGUUCUUUCUGAUGGAAGCCAGGUUUUAAAUCCAUCACAUCUGGAUUCAAACCAUGCAAUCUUUUUCUUGCUAAAAUGAUGUCAUGUAAUGUUUGAGAGAAAUACACUUCACCCAUGCACCUGUAAAAUUACAAGAAAAUAAAUCAGGAUUUUAAA